UGUUUGUUUUGUCUUUUUUUGUCCCUGUGUGUUUAUAGUGUGUUUAUAUUUUGUGCCAUGUCUGAUCCUGAGAUGGACCGUCUCCUGAAUGAGAUGAGUGACCUUGUCGAUCAGGCUGAACAUCAAGCUCACCUCCAACAGCUCAUUAGCAUGCACCAGGAAGCAGAACCAUCCACCAGUCAGCCUUCCACCAGUAAUCCAUCCACCAGUCGGUCAUCAAACAGCAAGCAAGAUGUUAGGUGGAUUAAGAGGGACAGUGAUGGAAACAUUAUUUACGGCAGGCCCAGAUCAUCCCGGAAACAAGCAGCAGGUCCCAGUCACAGCCAGAGUCGAAAGACUGGUGUCUCUCAUGUCAGGGCUCCGGAAACCAGUGCGGAAAUGACCAGUGACUUUCUUUCCGUUACUGCAGAGUCCUUCCUUCAAGAGCUUAAAAGCUCACUGGGUGAGGACAUACAUGAGGAUGAAACGGCACUUCAGGCCUCAACAGACUGGUCGACCCGAAAGAGCCUCAUAUCAGGGUGGUGGGAGAAAGAGAGACCCCGACUGGUCAACACCAUGGUGGCUCGACAACAUGCGGCAACUCGGAUCUGCCAACAUUGUGGAAAUGGUCCAGCCGUUAUCCGUUGUUCUGACUGCCGACCACACCCAUUCCUCUGUCAGACUGAUCUCAUGAAAUGGCGGUCCAUCGAGGUCAAGUGUUCCACAACAGGGAUUCGAUGA